UAGUUGACCUUAAAUUCUUUUAGGUUGCUUCUCCCCUCUGCCUGUUUAAGCCCAUCUUCAUCCUGUUGUCCUACACAACAGACAAGAAAGCUCUACUUUCUCUUCUCUGUAUAAAAACAAACACAAUCCAUCCAGCCACCAAAACAAUAUUCUCAACCAACACUUAAAGAAAAAUGGAAGAUAGCCACUUCCAUUUGCUAUGGCUUCUUCUCAUCUCAUACAUUCUGUUUGUGGUGGUGCUCAAAGCUGUGGUUCAUCUGUGGUGGGCACCAAGGAGAGUUGAGAAUUUCUUCAUGAAACAAGGAAUCAAAGGCCCCAAAUACCAGCUCUUCUUGGGGAAUUUGAAGGAAUUAGCCAGCUUGAAUAUGAUGGCUUCUGCUCAAUCCAUGCCCCCUCUCUCACACAAUAUUCUCCCUAGAGUCCUCUCUUUCUACCAUCAUUGGAAGAAGAUAUAUGGCUCCAUGUUCCUAGUGUGGUUUGGGCCAACAGCAAGGCUGACAGUGUCUGAUCCAGCCCUGAUUAGAGAGAUCUUCAUCUUGAAAUCAGAACUGUUUGAGAAGAAUGAGUCACCACCACUGGUUAGGAAAAUUGAAGGUGAUGGCUUGCUCAGCCUCAAGGGGGAGAAAUGGUCUCACCACAGGAAGAUCAUCCAGCCAGCUUUCCACACAGAAAAUCUCAAGCUGAUGAUGCCAAUGAUGGGGAAGAGCAUGGAAGCAGCAAUGAUGCAAUGGAAUGAGGAAAUGAGCAAUGGUGGGAAAGUGGAAGUGGAUGUAUCAGAUUGGUUUGAGAAAGUGGUUGAGGAUGUGAUCACAAGAGCUACUUUUGGGAGAAGCUAUGAGGAAGGAAAAGCCAUUUUUGAGCUGCAAUCUCAGCAGAUGGAACAUGCCACUGAGGCCUAUCAGAAAGUCUUCAUCCCUGGCUACAGAUUCUUGCCGACGAAAAAGAACAGAAUAUCUUGGAGACUGGAAAAGGAAAUUAGGAAAUCGCUGGUGAAGCUGAUCGAAGGAAGGAGGAGGUGUCAGGGGGUGUCAGACGAAUGUCCGAACGAUUUAUUGGAAGUGAUGAUAAAGGCGAGCGAGAGAGACGGAGAGGAAUCGGCGAUGGCGAUGACGGCGAGCGACGUGGUGGAGGAGUGCAAGACGAUAUUCUUCGCCGGAAAGCACACGACGGCGAAUCUGCUGACGUGGACGACGGUGCUGCUGGCCAUGCAUCCCCAGUGGCAGGAACAGGCACGUGAGGAGGUCCUGAGGGUGUGCGGAUCACGUGAUUGCCCUACCAAGGAUGAUCUCCCCAAGCUCAAAACGCUGGGAAUGAUCCUCAACGAAUCACUGCGGUUGUACCCGCCAGCAGUGGCAAUAAUCAGACGCGCGAAGCGGGAUAUGCAGCUGGGUGGGCUCCACAUCCCCCGGUCCACGGAGCUCCUAAUCCCAAUCCUAGCCGUCCAUCACGACCCGACCCUGUGGCGCCACGACCCGCACGAGUUCAACCCGGCCCGCUUCUCCAAGGGCGUCGCGCACGCCACCACCCACCCCAUGGCCUACAUGCCCUUCGGCCUCGGCGCCCGCCGAUGCGUCGGCCAGAACCUCGCCAUUUUCCAAGCCAAACUCGCCGUCGCGAUGAUCCUCCAGCGCUUCUCCUUCCACCUCGCGCCCACCUACCAGCACGCGCCCUCCGUGCUCAUGCUUUUGCACCCGCAGCACGGCGCGCCCAUCGUCUUCACUAAAUUAUAAUACUAGCAAUUUUUUAUUAUUUUUAAAAGUAUUGUUAUUAUUAUGAAGAAAAAAAAAAGAAUUUUCCGCUAAUUAGGGGGGUGUUAAUUUCUUCUAACUUGGGAUGGGGAGUGUUUGGUAGGAUUUCAUCUAACCCUUUUUCACGUGUUAAUUAGCUCAGCCCUUUAAUUUACUGGGGUGAUGGCUAAUUAAGUUGGUGUUAGGUCAUUUUGUCAAGGAUUGAUGGAGUGAUCAAGAAAAUCUAUAUAUAUAAAUGUAUCUUCUCUAUCUUUUGUAUUUCGAAUAUGUAAAUUCUUGGUUGUACACAUCUUGAUUUUUGGUUAUUAUAUUGGCAUUUCAGAUGUCUGCA